UGAUGCUCGGUCUACCGUACGUGGGACCCUACUGGGUCUAAAUGUCAUUCUUGGAUAUUUUUGAAAGCAACGAACUUCAAAACAAAACCGUCUUUGCUCACACAGGUCUCAUUCGAUGAUAGAACCGGGCAGCCUCUGUUCUCUGUUUCCUUUCCUUCUGGUCAGCGUCAUUUCUUUCUGGUCAAUCCUUUGAGUGCCGACCUGCUUCGUCCACUAUCUUCUUGUUUACGAAACUAGCUUUAUCAGAAUGGACCCUUCUGAAUAUCUUUCUCUUUCGGAUACCGUCAAGUAUGGAAGUAUCGAAACGAACAGCACCAGAGAUUCGUCGGAAGAUGAAAACAGUCCUUCUGUCAGCCCUACGGGAACUGCAUUCAUUGAUGAUCACAUGGCAGGAGUCUUAACUCCCAGAUCUGUCUCUGAUGCUGCCAAUCAAGCUCUAGUCGCUGUAAGGCAUCUCCAUGAUGUAACCGUUCUUCCCGUAGCCGACGAACAUGGUCAUCUCGCCCAUUAUCCUGGCGAAGAAAUCGAUCAACAUCAGAGACAAAAGCUCAAGAGACCUUCCCAAGCAGGAAAACUCUUGGCAUCCUGUACUAGCAAGUUUCUAGAGGCAUUCAAGUGCCUCUAUUCAAUGGGAAUCUUGUUGCUCUCCAUUGGAUCCGUUAUGAUGGCAAUCUUCAACAAGCAGACGGUUGCCACAGCCCACGGUGUGCCUACCCCAGUUGCCUUUCUCAUCUUUUGGUUCCUCAUUGUCUGGUUGGCCAAGAUGGAAGGUGGUCAAGCCUGUUUGGUGGGCCUCCAACCAGUGGACAAGUCUCUGUACGCUCACACCCAUCCCAGAACCCUCAUCAGCACAAACGAGGCUCACAAGGGAGAUAACAUGGAACGUUUCAUUGUCGGACGGCAGUUCCUGGUCUGCUUGGUAGUGUUUUCGUCGAACUUAAUGGCUGCUACCAUUGAAAAUCCGCACGUCCCUGGACUCAGUGACUCCUUGACUGAUAUCUUACUGACGUCCGGAAAUGCCGUCACUUUGAUUGCGAUCAUCAUUGGACAGUCGGCACAGAUCAAUGCUGCCAACUGUAUGCUGGACUUUAUCAAUACGUGGUUCAUGAUUGUAACCACCUUCCUCUCUCUGAUUUUGGACAUGUCAGGCAUAUUGCACUCUGUCUACAUGUUCCAAAUUCUGUUCUGCAAAAUCACCAAUACUCCCAUUGACUCCAAUGAGCCACCUCGGACUCCAGCCCAAAACAUCUUCUUCUGGACCCGUGUUGCCUUCUCCACAUCCAUCUUGUGCCUCUCUUUUGCAGUUACCCUGGCAGCAGUCUGGAACGGCAAGACAACCAUGUACGCUGGGGUGCCAAACUACAUCUCGAUGGUGCUUCUAUUUGUCCUUUUGACCUUUGUUGGUAUCAUGGAGGGUAUGCAGAUUGCUCUCUUUGCUGUGGUCAACUUGCCUCCAAGUGAUCUCAAAGGGCAUCCCUUGGCUGCAAAGUGCUGCAAGCUCACGUUCAAGGGGUCUAACUUGCAAGCAUUUUUGAUUGGCCGACAAAUGUGUGUCACGCUGUGCAUGUUCAUUGUCGCUCGUCUCACCAGCUGUGAUGUCGCUCUCGAUGGCAGCGAACAUACCAUCUUUGGAGUCAGCGAAAACGUGCAGAGCUUUUUCAACACGGGAAUGUUGGGGGCUUUCAUCACAACCGUCAUUGGUUCUCUUGUGUGGCGUAUCAUUGCCUCUUGCUUCCCAGUUCCAUUCUUGUCCAACCCACUCAUCUAUGCCAUCAUCCGUCUCUGUUUGACCGUUGAAGCUUCUGGUGUGUGCUCAGCUGCUUGGCCUCUGGCUCUAGUACAGAAGGAAUUCAUCUUCGGAUACACGCUGGAUGAAGCGUACAUUGGUACUCCACAAGACCCUUUGGAAGAACCAUUGGUUGUGACCGUAUGAUGAUCUCUGCGGAAGGGAUACGGCACAUAGAGAGGAGGGAUCAAUAAGGGUGAAAUUCCUUGACAAAAGAGACACACUGUGAGGAUAAUUUUUGCUUCAACCAGAGAGUAGACUCUAACAGUUUUAAAAACCACUGCAUAUUGACCU